CUUUUUCGUCCCGCUUGUACUCGAAUCUCUUUAUUUCGGCUUUAAGUAGUUUACUUCUUUUUGCUUUCAAUAUUUGCUAUUUUGUUAUCAUCGUCCACUUAUAUUUCGUUUGAAAACUGUUGAGCUUAAGGCAACAAGUGUUUAUAUUUCCAUUCCGGACAUUCUGGGUGUAUGUGAACUGACACAAAUCAUGCCAAAUCUGGAGUGAUAAGCAGAUGUCAUAUUCCGUGAUGAUCCGGAUGCCUUUGACCUCGACUAAAUGACGCAAAAACAGUCUUUGUAGCUUCUUUUGUUUCGUUCCUUAUACAAUUCUACAAAACAUUCUGUUGACUCAUCAAUGGAUGUGGAUCCACCUAUACCACAUCCUGUUUUAAAAAGAUGCUGUAGUGCCCCAAUGAUUAGCGAAUGUGAAACAGAGGCUGGUGCCGUAGCCACCUCCUCAGCUACGGCUUCAUUAGCCAGUGCAGCCCCUUCACAUUCAAGAACAUCACCUACAUUUGUUUUGUGUUCUACAUUUGAACCACGGACCAGAAGAUUUAGUGCAAGUUUUAGUCCAUUGCAUUCCCCUACUCCUGGAAGUCCAAGAGUCCCACCCUCAAGAGUUAGCCAAUUGAAAAAGGAAGAAGCUUGCGAUGCUGUGGGUCGAGAGGUUGCCAGUGAAAAGGAGUUCCAAUCCACUUUACAAAUCUCAGCUUCAUGGGAAGAUCUAUCUCUGAGUGAUACCGAUUCAAAGGAAAUUAAAACUGAGCCUCAACGGAGGCCUUCGUCCGCUUGUACGGAGCCAAUUCACGUAACAUUACCUAAUGGGUUGUCAACCUUUGUCUCGUCUCCUUAUCCUUCACCGACCAGGGUUAGCGGUCGACAGUGUUUUUCCCCAUCUAUGCAAAUUCCUGUACGAAACUCGUCAUUCUCGCCGACUCCCAGCCCAAGUCCUACAAGAAAAACGUUUUAUACCAGUCGACGGAGUCUCUCGCCAAUAGCUAUUCGUGCCAGUUCUUUUGGACCGGUAAAGCGGAAAUGUGAUUUGGAGGACCGAGGAGAUUCGGCUUGGACCCCUAACAAAAAGUACCAACAUUUUUCGCCAGCAGCAAAUGUUUCUAGCGUUGGAGGUCCUCUUUUAGUCACCCAUUCUUCAAGUGCAGAAAAUGGUGAAAUCUCUGGGAGAGUUCCCAUUGUUAGUCGUAGUAGUGUGAUCCCUACACCAGAUUCGCAAUCUUCUUCAGCCAGUCCGUCAGAUUCAGGUUCUAACCCAUCACCUCUUCAGGUGUGUAAAGUGGUUGAUAGCCCAGCCAACAGUCCCGGUGGACGACGUGGCAGCACUGGCGGUGGAGGUGAGAGUAGUGGUAGCCGCUCUCGUGAUCGGACGUCGUGUGUCGUUCCUUCACCCUUAGCUGCCACCAACACGAUCGAAGACCCUGAUGGCGAAUACAAGAUUAGUUCUACAAGCAAAGAACGGAAAGAUUUCUCCAGGCUUUUUGUUCCAAUUCCGCCAUCGCCUGGAGCUAUGGAUUGCUGUACGGGCGAUAGCGAAGAAUCUUUAGCCAAUAAUCAUCACGAUUUUUCAACCAACAGAAUUCGCGAACAAGCUUCCAAGGAGCUGGAUGCUAGUGGUGCGGAUUAUGCCACCAUGGAUGAAAAUAUGGAAGAACCAGUCAUGGUUUCGUCACAGGAACAUUCAAUGAGCGUCGACUCUAGUCACUCUCCUAUGGAUCCCUCCGUUUAAUCCGUAUUUUCGGCAGGAAACCCUGUCAAAUCGUCUUUAUUCCCCUUCAAAGACAAUGCCCCCUUGCCCUCAUUCGCCUUCUUCUUACGCUUUUUUUUUAGUCAACAAUCACGGGAUAUUUUGUAGGGGCAUCCGACGCAGUUUAGACGUCCAAUGAUAACCUGAAAGUAAGAGAAAAUGUGUGCCCACGUUGUACGUCGCACAGCCUUGUUUUUUUCAUACAUGAGUUCCAAGUUACGUGUUGCCAACCCCCUGCCUAUUACCUUACAUAUUCCGUCACUUUCUCGCUUACAUAUGUUGCUUGAUAUAUGCAAUGAUCGAGUGACCGAUUUGUUUUCUUUCUCCUUUUUUUCACUUUGUUGCAGAAUAGUAAGCCGUUUGUUCCGCGACUUUUUUACUCUUCGAGUUGUUUUCGCUCGUUGCCAUGACACCUUAGAAACAGAAAACAAAAAUGUAGUAAUAAAUGAAAGCACGAUUAAGAUGCUAAUGAAAUUUGAAGUGUUUCCUGUUUGGAAUUGGCAUGUUGGUAGAUCAACACAGUCUGCCCCAACCGAAAAUAUAAAUCUCAAUGUUAA